GUUUCCUCGGAGGCGGGGGAGGCCGAACACGGACCCCGGAGUCGGCGCCCAAAGCGGGGCGCCCUCGCGCGGGGCGGGAGUGCGGGGAGGUGGGUGUGCGGGCGGCGCGCUCGCCCUCCAGUUGCAGCCCGCGCGGAGCGCGCACCGCCAGCGAGCGCCGGCGUCUCCAGCAUGGAGUGGGAACUCAACUUGCUGCUCUACCUGGCGCUCUUCUUCUUCCUGCUCUUCUUACUUUUCCUCCUGCUCUUCGUGGUCAUCAAGCAGCUUAAGAACUCCGUGGCCAACACUGCCGGGGCGCUCCAGCCCGGGCGCCUCUCGGUGCACCGCGAGCCUUGGGGCUUCUCUCGGGAGCAAGCGGUGUGACCCGAGUGCGGGCACCGGCGGGAGGGCACCGAGCUGCGCGGGCGCUGGGCUGGGUCUCCGCCUGGAUUCUCCGUCCUCGCUGCCUCCCAGCUUCCAGAGCCUAGAGCCUCUGCCCUUGACUGGUGCAUAGAGGACCACAGCUGCAAUGACAGUUUGGGCCUGCGAAGAGAAGGCUGGAACAAUAGGAGAGGGAAGCUUUCUGCACAUGCACCACUGGUAUCCAGAAGUUUAACCUGCCCAUGAUUCUUCCUAGACAGGAGACUAUCGAGAAGUCAGGCUGUUCAAAAUGACUUCAGAUCUUAUCAGGACAAUCUUGGUUGUUGCACUAAUUUCCAAACUUAUAAGUGCAAUGGAUCUACAGUUCUACUUGGCAAGACAACCAUUUUAAGUUGAAUGAGAAUGACAUCAUACUCACACCUGCAAAAUCUAAAAUGUCUAAUAAAGUAGAUUCCUAUGUCUGAACUUCAAUUUUAGGGCACAGCUGUAGAUGCAGAACUGAUGCCAUCUGGUGUGAUUCUACAGAAUAAGAGAGAAAAUUUACCCAGAGUGUGCCAUGCACUGGCUUUUCUGGGAAUGGCAAGGUGCCAGGAUUUGUUUUUGGUUCACUUGCAGGGGUGGAAGCUUGGAACUAGGUUCCAAGAUGGUCCCUGCAGCUCCCCACAAGAAGGAGGGAGGCCACAGAGAAAACAAGCCAUGCCAGUUCAAAUCUACUUCCUUUUAAAGAGCUUCCUCAGCACCCCAGUAACUUUGGCCUUCAUCUCAUUGGCCAGAACUGUGGCUACUGCUAUCUGCAAGAUUGUCUGAGAAAUGCAGGUUUUGUUGCUGGAGAUAUAACUGCCUUUCACAAAAAUCCAGUUUCUCUUGAUAAGGAAGAAAGUGGUGGUGGAUCUUGGGAAGACAACUAACAGUUUAUGCCCUGGUUACAAAAUACAAUUGCAGAGGAGCAUAAAGUUCAAAAAUAUCAAAAUGUAGUUCCUUCACAACUGGCAAAGCUCCAAGCAGCACUGCUUCCCUCUGAAAGAGUGAGCAGAAUGAAGGCAUAUCCAGUUUUCUCAAAAAACGCUUGAUGGGACUGACCUUCUCUCUCAGUCAAUAUCCUUGUCACACAUCAGGAUUUUCUAGAGGGCUCUGGGUACCUGCACACUUCCUUGGUGACCAUAACCUCUUAAUGGAGGGUUAGUAUAAGAUAAAUAAUGUUCUACUGUGCUGCUCCCUCAUCUGCAUCAUUUCUGUCCUCCCUAAUUUUCCUGUCAGUUAUAUUUUGGUGGAGUCUGGGUUUGUGUAUUUGAUUCCUAUAAAAAGACCAUCACUUUCAUGUGUGGAGGAGGGGAAUCUUUGCAAAGAAAAUCUACCUUACUCCCUUCUGUGACUCCAUCACCAAUCUAGGAAUAUCCUGGGAGAAGAAUUGCCUCUCAAAACUGCUUCCAUAAGCAGCCUACAUCCUAGCUAAGCAAAGAAGAAACACUUCCCACAUCCAGGGCUGUCUAAAAGAACUUUCUGUGAUGACAGAAAUGUUCUAUAUCUGCAGUGUCCAAUAUGGUAACCACUAGCCACGUGUGGCGCAUGAACACUUGAAAUGCGGCUAUUGUGACUGAGGAAGUAAAAUUUAAAUUUUGUUUAAUUAUAAUUAAUUUAAAUUCACAUAGCCAAAUGGGGCUACUGACUAUGAUAUUAGACAGCACAGUACACUUUAUUCUCUUUCUUAUAUUGUAGAACCAGCUGGGAGACAUGUGGGCCAGUCAUGGGCUUGAUGUCCCAUGGUCUUCACUAUUCUACCUUGCCAUUGAACUUGUCUCCCAGAGGAAAAGAAAGAAUGGUAUUUGGAAUUAAAUUCAAGAUGUUAACUUGACAUCUAUAUAUUGCACAUAUUCCUGUAUAGUGAAUGGAAUGGUCUCCUGGGAAUAGGCUCUGUGAUUGAUUUUAGUGAUAACUGGUCAUGAAGAAAUGGCCAUACUGCUCCACUUCACCUUUCUAGUGACUAUUAUGUGUUCCUAGUCAGAAUGACUCAGCAGAGAUUAUUUUGUUCUCUUGUGCAAUUUAUUCUGUGUCAUUUUAUUUUUGUAAUAUUGUGGCAGCUAAAUGAUUAUUCUGUGUAAGUUUUUCAAAAUAUUAGGUGGCUUAUAUUUUUUAAAAUGCUAUGAAAUAAAAAUAAACUAUAUGUUAACACAGUU